AUGUCACAAUCAUCAUUUAUAAAUCAAAUUCAUUCAUUAGGUUUAGAAAUUUUACCAUAUUUUACAAAAUGGUAUUCAGUAUUAAUUAUUGCAAUUAUUGUAUAUAUUGGAUCAUUAAAUUUAAUUAAUUUAUAUAAUUCAAAUAGAUUAGGUUGUAAGAAUCCACCAUUUUAUAAAAAAGCUGGUUUUACUGGUGUACCAGCAUUAUUAGAAGCUGUUAAAAGAAAAAACAAUGGUAGAUUAGCUGAUUGGGCUGAUGAAACUUUUGAUCAAUUUCCAAAUAUGUCAGUUUAUUUAAAUGUUUGUGGAUUAUUAAAAAUUGUUUUUACAGUUGAUCCAGAAAAUAUAAAAGCUGUUUUAGCUACACAAUUUAAUGAUUUUAGUUUAGGUACAAGACAUGAACAUUUUGCUCCUUUAUUAGGUGAUGGGAUUUUUACAUUAGAUGGUAAUGGAUGGAAAGAUUCAAGAGCUAUGUUAAGACCACAAUUUGCAAGAGAACAAAUUGCUCAUGUUAAAUCAUUAGAACCUCAUAUUCAAGUAUUAGCAAAACAUAUUAAAAAUAAUAAUUUUAAAACUUUUGAUUUACAAGAAUUAUUUUUUAGAUUUACUGUUGAUACUGCUACUGAAUUUUUAUUUGGAGAAAGUGUUCAUUCAUUAUAUGAUUCAAAAUUAGGAUUAGAAUAUCCAAAUAAUAUUCCAGGUAGAGAAAAUUUUGCUGAUGCUUUUAAUAUAUCACAAAAAUAUUUAGCUGAUAGAGCUUAUAUGCAAAUGUUUUAUUGGUUAACAAAUCCAAAAGAAUUUAAAGAAUGUAAUAAAAAAGUUCAUUAUUUAGCAAAAUAUUUUGUUGAUAAAGCUUUAAAUUUUACACCAGAAGAAUUAGAAGAAAAUUCAAAAGAUGGUUAUAUUUUCCUUUAUGAAUUAGUUAAACAAACAAGAGAUCCAAAAGUUUUACAAGAUCAAUUAUUAAAUAUUAUGGUUGCUGGUAGAGAUACAACAGCAGGAUUAUUAUCUUUUACAAUGUUAGAAUUAUCAAGAAAUCCAAAAGUUUGGUCAAAAUUACGUCAAGAAAUUAUUGAAAAUUUUGGAGAAGGUGAAGAUGCAAAUAUUGAUGAAAUUACAUUUGAAAGUUUAAAAAAAUGUAAAUAUUUAAAAUCAGUAUUAGAUGAAACUCUUAGAUUAUAUCCAUCAGUUCCAAUAAAUUUUAGAACUGCUACAAAAAAUACAACAUUACCAAGAGGUGGAGGUAAAGAUGGCAGUGAUCCAAUAUAUAUCCCCAAAGGUUCAACAGUUGCUUAUACCGUUUAUAAAACUCAUAGAUUAACUGAAUAUUAUGGAAAAGAUUCAGGAGAAUUUAAACCAGAAAGAUGGGAAAAUAUGCCAAGAUUAGGUUGGGCUUAUUUACCAUUUAAUGGAGGUCCUCGUAUUUGUUUAGGUCAACAAUUUGCAUUAACUGAAGCAAGUUAUGUUAUUGCAAGAUUAGCUCAAUUAUUUACUACUUUAGAAAAUAGAGAUAAUAUUUAUCCACCAAGAAAAUGUAUUCAUUUAACUAUGAAUUUAGAAGAUGGUGUUUAUCUUGGAAUGAAAUAA